GGGCCGCCAUCCUCCUCCCUCCUCCUCUCCGGCAGGCGGCGGCGGCUGCUGCGGGGCCGCGCGGAGCCUUCCCCAGCGCUCGCCAGCGCCUCGGCGGCCGGACCCGGACCUGGACCCGGACCGGGACCCGGACCUAGCCUGGAUAUGGCUCGUGGACAACAGAAGAUUCAGUCACAACAGAAAAAUGCCAAAAAACAAGCUGAACAAAAAAAGAAGCAAGGACAUGAUCAGAAGGCUGCAGCCAAGGCUGCCUUGAUCUAUACCUGCACUGUCUGUAGGACACAAAUGCCGGACCCCAAGACCUUCAAACAGCACUUUGAGAGCAAGCAUCCUAAGACUCCACUUCCUCCAGAAUUGGCUGAUGUUCAGGCAUAAGGUGAAUUCAUGGCACCUAUUGACUCUUCUACUGUCAGACCUUACAUAACAAACCUGCAGCUGCUUUUCUAACAAACUGUUGAUCAACAAAUAUGAAGGGGCUACAGAAACAUUCAUAUUUUUAUGCUGUUCCCUCUUGGGCUUCAUGCAAAGACAAUUCUGUGUAAAUGUACAGUUCUGCCCUACUUGGAAAUCCUGAAAAUCAGUCCAUACUUGUUAUAAAAAUUUUUUACAAUUGUAAUUAUAUUGAUGUUCAUAUUGUGUAAAAUAACUCAUUUAAUAAAGUAGUACUUUGAUUUUUACAAUAUCACAGGUUAAAUGCUUGUAGAAAUUCUGUUAAACUUUCCACAUUAUCUGCCUUAUGAAGUCCUAAUGAAGACAAAGUAGAAUUCUUCCCAUCCCACCAAAAAUUGGAAUGGUCUCAUUCUACUGAAAGUGAUGCACAUCGUAAUAAGUUUGAUCUAAGAAAAGAGGGAAACUGCUUGUAUAUUUACCUUUGUGUGCUACCAGCUUGAGUCAAGAAACUUAAAUCUUUUGAUGAUAGCUCAAGCGGCAUAGCCAGCUCUUUAGAGCUGCAUUAGAGUCAUGAAACUUCUACUUCUUGUUCCAUGUAUUGGGGAGUGUCAGUACUACAAGCCAUUUGGAACAGGGUUCCUUUAUUGUAAGGGAACUUGUUCCUUAGAGUCAUGCACUGGAGAGACUCUUGCUAGACAAGUAAACCUUAAUAUUUGGUAGACAGCUGGCAGAGCUUGAGAGUUAAUAACAUCUAACAAUCUCUGGCAUGCUGGUUUGAAUACAAUUAGCAAAUGCUAUAUCAGGUUGAAGUAAUUCUGCUUUUGGUUGUAAAAUUUAAUCUAAAAAGUUGGUGAAUGCACAUAACUAGUCAGUCACGGGUUUCCCCUCAAAUGUCUCUGACUGUUUCUGUAACAACUUUGCAAGAGGAUACAAACUAAAUAGUGGUAUUUUUCAACUAACUUUAAAGUUAGUCUGUUUCUUCCCUUUCCAACAGGCUAACUAGAAAUGACAUAGCUAGUUAAGCUUCAGUCAGUUCUGACUUACAUAAGUUUUUAUCGAGGAAAAGUUGUGUAAAAUUGAACACACCCAGCCAAGAGCACUUGAGAAAAGAGCUUUAAUAAUUUAGCUCUUAUGAUUAUGAUUUAAUAAUCAUUUAGCUUUAGUAAUGUGUAAUUUGGGCUAGAUUCUAAUCUCAGAUGUGAAAAAGCAUUGCUAGUAUAUUUCAGAGUGCUGCCUGAGGAUCUACAGUACAGUAGGACAUCCUAAAAGCAUAUGGUCUAGGAUUACCUAACAGUCACUCUUCUGAAAUUGAUUGCAGUGAGGGACACUCAUACUAUGAAUGAGGGACAUGUAUUCAUAGUAUGAAUUUCUCAGAUUUGUUAUUUGUCCUUGCUUGUAACAGGUCUUUCAUUUCUGGCAGAUCAAAUAACUCCUGCUACAUGAUUGGACUCUGCCUGACUUCCCAAUGGUUUCCUAAAAUACAGGACCAUAUUCUUGAAGAGUGAUUCACUUAAAGGAAUGCAUGAAACAAAUGGUACUUAUAUCAGUCAAAGCCUUUGUCUCUGUCCACCUAUUUACCCUUUAAUUUAGCUACUUUUUGGAGGUUAGCCUUCUAGCCAUCUUACUAUAACAGCAAGGUGUAUUUCUGUAAAUGUUCACUUUGGCAUGAAAUUCAACUGCGUUAUAGUUGCUCUGGGAUAACCUGUAUACCACUCUACCUUUUUAUAGAUCUUGCUAUUGAGAAUAAUCCAUUACUGCACUUGCACACCUGACAUCAGAAUGUAGCCCUUCAUUUAUUUCCUUUUAAUGUUCUAAAUCAAUCCAAUAAUUAUAUCUUGACGGACUGACUCCCAGGAGGCAAGAAAUCUUUCAACUUUGUCCUGUUGGGGUACUUAAGUGUUCUGACUGUGUAAUUUGUCUAAGGAAUGAGUAUACACCAGGCAAGAUGUUUCUUGCACUGAUUGAUACUUGGUAAUCUGCUUUUAACCUGAGACUUAUUUUGGGAUGCAUCCUUAAAACUCAGUCCUAAAACAAAGCACAUGUUCUGUUGCUUGAAUUCCAAUUGUGUAGCACCAAAUAAAAAUGACUUUGUUUCAUAACAAUCUCAGUUAACAAGCAAAUAAGCGGAAAAGCUGCAUUAUGCUGGUAGGACAUAACUUGCUUGCAUAAGAAUCUUUUGCUGUAUUUUCAGAACUGUAUGACUCUUUAAUAUGAAAGUAUCAGUAUCAACUCUUUCUGUUACAGAGUAGAAGGUGUGGGUGAUCUUCUAUUAAAAUUCCUACUUGCAGCUGUUACAAUCUGACAUAUUGUAAUAACCUGAUCAGUAAAAACAUCAUGGAAUUGUUUUGGAAACUCAAAAGUGCAGGACUAAAUGGGGGAAUUGUCCUCAUUGGUAUUACCUGCACAUGCUUGUAUUGAUUUAAAAGGAUGCAGGUAAGGAGUAGGUGAGAUCCUCUUCUCUCCUGAUCAUAUGGAUGACACCUUGUUAAUUCUGGCUAAAAAGACACUGUUGUGCUUUGUAACAUGUCUGAUUAAAGACAAUUUAAAACCUAAA